AUGAGCCGACCUCCUUCCACCCCACACCGUCCUCUUCCUCGCAUGAAACAACCACACCAACUAGCCAUUUCCUACUCCAGCCCAAAGCUACAACCCCAUAUAGCUUUCACGGCCUCUUUUGAAGCCUCGCCCCUCUCCGAUCACCGUCCAAGCAAUCGACCCUUCAUCAACUCCCCUACGACUUAUCUCAUGGCCAUUUCCCUCACCAAAAAACUCGUUGCUACCAACCGGUCUCCAUUUUCACCCGAAGCAUGA